CAAGGAGGAAUGCCGCUAAAGGUGUGUGUCUCGCCCUCUGUCAUGCUCUCCGACGGACUAAUGAAAAUUGGCAGUGGUUACCUGAGUUAUAACGAUUCUGAAUUGGUCAAUGGGGACCAUUACCAUCCCAUAAUGUCAUCUAUUGACAGCUUUGAGAGAAACUCGCCUCUCAAGAGUUCCUCUAGUGAGCUGACGGAUCAUUCGCUUGUCGUCUCUUUAUCUGAUGUGAAGGACUCGCAGGGGGGUGAGAAGGGAAGCAAGCGGCCCACAGCGAAAGACGAGAUCCCUGAAGAUAGCCAAUCUAUAGAUGGAUCGAACGCCGAGAACUACUUCUCAUCUCUGCUCUGCCACGCGCAGUCCCUCUCAUCUUCUCCAGGUGCCAUGUUUCCAUACCCGGGCCAUCAUGGGCCAACUCACCCAGCGUUCUCUAUUAGUCCGAACCCCUACAUGUCGCAUCACCCUGUCAUCACAAGUGGACCUUACGGACUGCUGAGUCCUCGACAAGGAUACCCAACCGCUGGUUACUCUUAUGCGCAACAGUACGGACAUGGUGAACAAGAUGGUCAGUUAUACCAAUUUUCGGUGGCCCCAGAUGGUCUGCUUUCAGGCAAGGCUCAAGUCUAUUUGUGCAACAGGGCGCUGUGGCUGAAAUUUCACAGACAUCAAACAGAGAUGAUUAUUACUAAACAAGGACGGCGGAUGUUCCCAUUUUUAAGUUUUAAUAUCACUGGCCUUGAUCCGACGGCGAAAUACAAUGUGUUCGUGGAUGUCAUCCUUGCGGAUCCAAAUCACUGGCGUUUUCAGGGAGGGAAAUGGGUCCCAUGUGGCAAAACGGACACAAACGUGACAGGUAAAUUCAGGAAAGCAAAUAGGGUGCACAUGCACUCGGAUUCACCGAACACAGGAGUGCACUGGAUGCGUCAGGAGAUUUCUUUCGGGAAACUGAAGUUAACAAACAACAAAGGCAGCUCCAGCCCUGGACAGAUGGUGGUUAUACAGUCUUUACACAAGUAUCAGCCCAGGCUACACGUGGUCGAGCUGAACGAGGAUGGCACGGAAGACACAAACCAGCAAAACAGAGUGCAAACCUUUACCUUUCCCGAAACACAGUUCACCGCGGUCACAGCCUACCAGAACACAGACAUCACUCAACUGAAAAUUGACCACAAUCCAUUUGCAAAGGGAUUUCGUGACAACUACGAUACAAUAUACUCCAGCCUGGACAUUGACCGGCUAACCCCGUCUCCAGGUGAUCCUUCACGACCGCAGAUGAUACCCGGGACUCGGUAUGCUAUGGCCAGCCCUUUCUUCCCAGAUCAGUUCAGUCCCUACGGCAAGGCUUCCUUUAACCCUAGGAAUGGAUCUGCCCCUGGUCUUGACAUUGACCGAACGUCUUCUCUAAAUAACUUGGUGCCGCAGCAACAGGUCGAUGAGAAUACCACAACGUGUGCGCAGCGAUGGUUCGUUGGGCCAGCGGGUAAUCGACUUGACUUCCCCACAUCUGGAUACGACACGGCUGCACGAACAGACUUUGCAGGUGCGGCAUCAUUUUUGUCCUACACGGCGGGAGUGAAGGCAUUGUCACUGGCCAAUGCCAGUUGUUCCAGUCAUGCAUUUGGCUAUUACACCGAUCCUAAUGGUUGGUCUUCGCGUAGUCCACAGCCCAACACUGCGAAAUCCUCAUCUGCUCUAUCAUGCUGGACACAUACGUCCACCGAUAACCGAAUUGAAAAGUCAAGUUAUUUGGAGAAUAACGAGAUUGCCGACGUGGAGAGGUCGUCCUUGCAGGUGCGCGAGAAUUCCAAACCCAAGGACAGGUCGGAAUCUAACUGGAUAGAAACUCCAACCUCGGACUCCGGUGACUCUCGUAUUUACGAGCACAGCAAACGAAGGAGAGUAUCUAUGCGGGCAUCUUUGGAGACAGAGGGUCUGUCCUCUUCAGAAACUGAUUCUACCGCCACCACCCAGAAAUGCAAAAAGGAUGUAAAUUACACAUGCUUUUAAUCACAGACUUAAAAUGACGAGAAACCUCAGUGCCAUCAGGCAAUGUAAACAUUUGUUAACAAGGCCAAACGUAUUUUAUGUUUUGCUUUCACGAUGAGAUUCAGAAAGACAAAAUAGAACAGCUAAGUCAACAUAAAUGGACACGGGAUAGCCUUGUCUACUAUAAUGAACAGAGCAAAUCAAGGCAUUUCGAUCAAAGAUUGACAUGAUGGUGAUGGGCAUGAUAUAGCCCGCGGAGUUUAUGUCAAAAUACGACUAGGCCUACUAGUAGGGCUACUAGUUAAUUAUCAAUAGUAGGCUACAAUAAUGGGAAAUUAUUUGUUCAAUAGCUUAGGCCUAACUGGUUUCAAUAUGUUAUGUGGGUUUGUUAUUUGCUUUCAGCAGGCUAUAUCAAGAAAGCUAGUGGAUGUCCUCACUAUCUAAAGUUAGGCUAUUCAUACAGAAGGUGGUUGUGUUCUUGUGGUGAAAUUGCAGGCUGUCCAUUUCUAUUCAAUUGUUUUACGCCUAUGAAAUUAAAACGCCCAGAAACUGACUUGUACUUGCAUUUACGGGGCAGCCGUGGCCUAUUGGUUAGCACUUCGGACCUUC